UGCGGCUGUGCAAAUAAUGUGACAAUGAUGGGUAUGAUAUGGGUGGUGUUAUUGGUGGCCUUGACCGGCUCACACUUGGGACACUGUUCGCCUCUCCGAUCAACGCCGCAAACCUACCCUCAUGAUGCAAGGACUCAGUCCCAGUUGGAGGGCUGGGGCUCCCAGGGCGGCCUGUACGCGGUGGUGCCUGCGCUGGCGCUUCUCAUCACCGCAGUCGUCCUGCUCCUCGGUUGCACCUGGUGCUACCGACAUAAAGACUGCAAGCCGAACGAAGGAGCGGACAAUCAGUUGUUCACGGCUAGCGCGACACACCUGCACGAUGGGCGCCGUGCCCAUCCUCCCGACUCCGGCUUCGCGGAACCAGUCAACAACAACGUCAGCGAAGACAACAACAAUGGGCCAAUAUCUCUGCGGGAAAUGCAGAACAUUGCCAACAACAAUGCUGCAGCUUACAUCGUGAGCGAAAAUGAAGAGAGGAACAGAGUCAGCCGCGAGUCUGUGGUGGAGUUUGAACCCCUGCCUACAGGGAUACGAGUUGCGGAUCCUUUGGAGCACUGCGCUGAUUGGUUCGGCGACGAUGAUUUCCCGCGCAAUCGAUUGCAGUAUCUGCGAGAAAUCGGCAGAGGAUGGUUUGGAAGGGUAGUAGAAGGCGAAAUAGAAGACAGCGGCUCAACAAGCACAGUAGCUGUCAAGAUCCUCAAUCAGAACGCGAGCCUGGAAGACAAGGCGCGGUUCCUGAACGAAGCUCGCAUGUACCGCGACGUGAGACACGAGAAUGUGCUCGCGUUCGUCACUAAGUGUCUGCAGGAGGAUCCCUGGAUAUUGAUCUUUGAGCUUUGUUCUAUGGAUCUCCAACAGUACCUGGUAGUGAACCGUCCCAAGAUGGCCAUCCUGAACGAGGGCGGCGUCCCGCUGCGGCUCAUGUGUGACGUCAGCUCUGCGCUCGCGCACCUGCACUCGCGGGGAUACUUGUAUGGCAACGUAUGGUGCGGCUCAGUGCUAGUUCGCGGCACAUCGGACAACGCUCGCGCGGUGCUCGGCAGAUACGUGUCCGCCGAACCGCCGUACGACCUCUCCGCGCCCGAAACAAGAACGCACCCGCCUGUUUAUACGGCUAGCAGCGAGUGCUGGUCGCUAGGCACGCUGGUGUGGGAAGUAUGUGCUUGGGGCGGCGUCCCCGCGCGGCACGUGCCGCCGCCGCCCGACCUGCCCUGUCCCUACAGAGAUCAUCUCUACCAAGUAAUGCAGCUAUGUUGGAACCCCAACCCUGAGAGCCGGCCCACUUCGUCGCAAGUACACGCGCUAAUCAACCACCUACACCGCACUCACCGCUCAGCGUCCGAACCGGCCAGCGACGACGGAUACGGAAGCGCGGACUUCGAGGAACGUUGGCAACGACUCAAGCCCAACACAAUACCCAAAUUAGACGAACAUAUAGCCAUAGUACAUGCCCCUUCAACGUCCAUGACGUCACACUUCACGGGCUCCGAACAAGAGCUCAACCAACACAUACAAGAUUCACUAAGCGUUGAUAUGGAUACGGCAGUCUCACGAUCCAGCAGCAUUAUGUCGGACAAAGAUAUGUCCGUACAAAUCAAAUCAGAAAGCUUAACAAAUCUACACGGGUCCCUAGAAGAUGUCAGGAACAUCUACCUUACUCAUAACGAGACGGCUGCCCUUGAAUGCCAUCAAGGUAACAUCAGUCUUGAAGAGACAAGAGAGAAGGAACAAGAUAGAUCAGACGCGUCGAUGGAUCCCUGGCUCAAGGAUAUCAUAGCUGGCAGCACCGAUGACGUCAGCUACUACAAAGAUGUCAGCGACGUCAUCAAAAAUCUUGAUAAUAUACUAAAUUCUGAGAAAACUUCAAGUUCUGAAUCCAGCCACCAGGCCAGUCCUUCUAGAGAUAAUUUGAGCUUAGACUGCAAGAAGGAUUAUCCGAUGCAGUCUAGUAUGGUCAAGUCCCCUGGGAUUACCAAUUUCCAGAAUAUUCUAGAUACUGGUUUUAGCUCUAAGUCCGAGGAUGCUGAGACUGGUGAUGAUGACGAUCUCGAUCGUGACACUAUUGGCACUCUCAGCCACUCGUUCGAGCGGCAUAGUGAGGUCGACACAACCAGUCAACACACUCUCGAAAACCUCACUCCCGAUACGCCAAUCAAAGACAUGCAUGUUGUCAAAACUUUCGAAAUAACCGUCGAAGUAGAAAGAGAUCAUACACAGGAAAUUAUUGUUGAUAGUGCAACCGAGUCACUACAUCAACAUACUGAAUUGCCAAAUGAUAACAAAAUAGUGAGUAGUGAUAGUGAAAUACCCAAGCUGAAGGAAUUAUGUGUAUUGUCAAUACCUAGUGCUAGUGAUAUCGAACAAUUGAACGUUAGAAAAGACUGUCAAACAUCAUGUGAUAGUAACUUAAAAGAAAUAUGUACUGAUAUUAAGAAUGAAACUAAGUCAAUAGAUGAAGUAGGGGAGGUGAAUGAAACGCCUCGAGAAGUAGAGAAUAAGGAUUCUUUAGAUAAGAUCGAACUGGAACAAAUGGUAGAUGAUAUAUUCUUGCCGAUAAUGGUGCAUGGAAUAACAACUAGUGAAGUAGAACAGUCACGAGAUGAAUUGCCUGAAGAUAAGGAAGGAAUUAAAACAGACAAUACAAUGUCUGUUACAGACGUCAAAAGUGAUAUUGAAGAAGUCCUAGUUAGUGAUCUCAUAAAAGUAACUGAAAGUUCUAAAUCCCUUGAAGACUCAAAAGAGGAUAGUUUAGGAGACCUGAGUGAACUAGAGCCCUCUGAAGCCUUAUCUCCGCAACAGACACCUGAGCCAGUACAAAGUAAGAAUAAUGAAAGUUCUAACUUGAAUGUAACACAAGAGACUGAAAUACCAACAAUUGUAAUAGAUGAAGUGAAAUCUCCAACGCCCGAAUUGCCACCUGAAAUAGUACAAAGUAAUUUUAAGGAAGAAAAUCAAAAAGAAUGCACCACAGAAAAUGAUGAAACUGAAGAUGUAUUGAUAGAUCAUGGUAAGCCUGGAACAGAAUCUGUUAUCAGCAGAAUAGAUGAGGAUAAUAAUCAAGUUGCCAAUAUAACUAAAGAAAGUUUUGUCUCUAAAGAACAUGUGAGAGAUGAUACUGCUAAUGAAGUCAUUGCUGAAACUAUAACUGAAACUAAAGAAAUAAUAAAGAAAUCUCACACAAAUAUUGCUAAAGAUGUUUCAGAUUUCAUUAUGGAAGAAAGAAAGAUUGCAACAUUACACGAUUUAAAUAGUGCAUCUAAAACGGAAAUUACAUACACAAAUGAAGACAAAAUCGAAAAUGAAAUACUUGAAAAAUAUCUGGAAAGUUCUUUUGUUGAAGAAAAGGAAUUAGAAAAUGUUGAGCCACAGGUAGAAGAAAAAGCAGAAAGUGUUUCUGUAAACGAAAAUGGAGUCACGGAUACAAUCAUUGCCGAUACUAAUGUCAUCGAAAGAAUUGUCCCUUUAGACCUACAUGAAACAGCUACAUCUGCUGUCAUUGAGACUAAAGAAGAUAUUCUUAAAGAUGUGUCGUUAGAUAAUGUCAACAAUACACCUAAAGAAAUACUGAAUACAGAAGCCGAUAAAGAACCUAUCGUACACAUAGAUGAAAUCAAAGUUUCCAAUAAAACAUAUACUGUCUCUAAAGAUACUGAACCCAUCCCUUUAGUGAAUGAUGAAUCAAAAAACAUCGAUGACUCGUUUGCCAUCAGUAAAAUGGAGAUGGGAGAAGUAAAUCUCACUAAAAAUGUAAUAGAAGAUUGGUUCAAUGAAGCUUCCAUGUCCAAAGUGGAACAAACUGUGCAUGAGAAUAUUCCCGUAACUAAAGAGGAACCAGAAAAUAAUGAACAGUCAUUAAUCUCUGUCAUAGCUGACGUUAGUGUGGAAGCGGCAAAAUUUGAAGAGGAAUUCGACGAAAUUCCUGAGAAAAUAGUGGAAAUUGCCGAAAACUCUGGCGACGUUGUUAAAGAAAAUAUUAAAGUAACAUCUAGCGAGGAUACACAAGUUCCUAUCGUGCCCGUUUCUGAGGAAAAGUCCAAACAGGAUGAUGAUAAUACACCUAGAUCUGAAAAUGAUAUACUGGCUGCUGGAGAUCGGCCAGACCACAGCAAUAUAUACCUGGAUCUCAUUAAUGAUACGAAUAACGAAAUUUUAAACGAUAAAGCCUUAGAUAGUAAUGUAAGAAACGUCAUAGAACAGUGUCUCGAAGGUUCUACCGCAGAAAACACUGCUAACACGCAAUGCUCUCUCAUCAGAAACGAGUCUACUGAAUACUUCGAUCCUCCCAGCUUCGGGAUUAAAGACGUCGAUAAUUUCUUACACAUGGAAAGGGUUUUCAACAGCCACAACACUGAUGUCGUGUCCAGUACGCCUCUAGCGAGUGACAGUUCCGUCGAAGUUAACAGCACCGUUGAAAACUCUGUCAAAGAAUGUGAUACGCAAAUUUUGUCUGAAACUAAAGUUCCUGAAUAUGGUUUGGGAACGUCUAUGACAAGACAAGAGCAAAGAUAUGUUCCCGAUAGCAUGAGCCCUUUUGAAUCUCCAACAAAAAGCCACCAUACUGACACUUAUGAUGAAAACAGCUCAGUAGUGCUAGGCCCUUUUGAAAAUUGCACCUUAGAACUGUUUAGAGGAGUGAAAUCUUCAGAACUCGUUGAUAUUCCCAAGGAAGAGCUACUAGCUUUCUCGUCGAAUUUUAGUGAGAUGAAUCUUGAAACUCCCUCUCCUUUACGCGACGGCAACUUUCUGAACGAAGUUCCGGACAUCAUUCACGAUGAUCUGCAAUUCGAUGAUGUACAAAGUCUAAGCGAGAAACAGUCAGACCCACAGACUGAGACAGAGAGUGGAAACUCAGGCACUGAGAAAAGAAUCUCCCCUUUAACUCCCCCAAACUCUCCGGGAGUGUUCCUAGCGUCGACAUCACAGCAGAAGUAUCUCGUGGAUAUAGAUCUGACUCCCGAACCAGCGCCCCUAAUGGAACCCGACCUGUCAUUACAAAAUGAGAUAGAACUCAACCAGAUAGAGUUGCAAAUCACUUCGAAGCUAGCGAUGGCGGAAAACGAGAAUAACAUGAACAUUGAGUACUCUGGGCCGUUGACUGUCGAAGGUCUGGUUUCCGAUGAGGAGAUGUUGCUGAGAGAGAGUGACACCUUACCCGAGUCUUAUUUAGCAGGGAAUGGUGGAUCUGUUGAAGACUUGCGAGAAAACUUGACGCUUGACGAGGAAUGUGUCAAGGCGUUGAGAAACGAGCUUGAACUGAAGUUGCCUUUAGCACAGGUAGCUGCAAUAGAGCCUCCAUGCGAACAAGAGUGGUCGGCCGAACUACCGCCGCCGCCCGAACUGAUCGUCAGCUAUCCCGGAGCACUCAGCCCCAUCGCCGAGGAAACGGGACAGCAACUGUCGGCGUAUGAAAACGAUAUUAAUUGGAACCUCUCAACCCGUACAGAAUCAUCAGAAAGCUAUCCCGAACCUUGCAACAACAGUACCGAUGACGUCACCGAGCUGCCGACCGGCGCCCAGAGCGGCGAUAACCACUCCACCUACACGAUACAGUCGCGGGAACACUCGCAUCAUACUUACACCUUGCACAGAGAUGUCGAACUUGUUAGCAGUAGAGAAAUUACGAUGAGCGCAGACAGCUUGAACGCCAGCCCUUUCAAAAAGCGUUUACCCGAAGCCGACACCGAUUCACCGAUCGACGACAAAACGUACACUAAAGAGGAGGAGAAAGAGUCCUUAGAGAGGAUAUCACAAGUGUCGCCCUUUCUCCUGAGCCCCACGACCGACACCUCCGCCCCGGAGAACUCCGACAAUCUCGACAACGCCACGGGAGUGUCCACUCUGUCCAAAACCACCCUCCCCACUGACGCCAAACACUCGAAGCCGUCCGAAACCCAGUGCCUGUCCAAAGCUACCAGCAUCGACUCCUGGUGCUCAAACGACACGCUAUACAAUGUCGAGGAAAAUUUCGACGACCUCGCCAUGGACCCCGACGUCCCCGAAUUCGAACCAGAAAGGGAGGAAGGGAACAGCGAAAGCACUGACACUUUAACCCACAAUGAUGACGAGAAAGAAGUCAGUCAUUGUUCCACCUACAUCAUACACGACAGCAAGUCUGAAGCCUGCGAAACUUUCUCCCCAGACUCGAUAACCGCCAACGAUAACUAUACGUAUACGAAAGUCAAGACUGAGAACGCUGGUACCACGCCGUCCGUAUUAACCAAGUCAGAUGUUAACGAUUCCACCAAGAACACUACUAAAGACUUGGCCUACGGUACCCUGAUGUCAGGGAUGCCGUCAUAUUCGAAUUGUACGACGGAACUCGCGUCAGGAUUCGAUGAUUGGAAGGUAGCUCAACCAGAGCUUGUAAGAAAGUCUCCGAUGCCCGGUGACGCCGACAUGACGCCGCCCAACCCCACCGAUGACAAGGUGACCGAAGUCGCGAGCCCGCAGCUCGUAGCAGAACCUUGCAUCAAGAAAAUGGAGAGUGUCGACAUAUCCUGCCUGGAAGACAAUGUGAUAGACAGCCACAAUCAGACUGACAACGUUGAAGCCCAAAUAAUGUUAGUUCACACCGACAGUCCGAACUACGGCUACAAAAACAUGGAGCCGGCAGUAACUAGCACGCCUCUUACCGACCUGGUAGAUGAAGCUGAGAAUGUGGAAGGCAUACCCAUGAGACUUCCUGAACAACAUACGGAAUCUACUGAAGACAGCAGCAAUGCUCUGAACUUCCAGGCGUUCAUGCAGUCCGCUGAGGUCAGACCGCAAGAUUUGUCUUCUGACGCCAGCAAUGAAUGCGCGAGCCAUGAAACAGAGGUGCUGCUCGAAGGAGACAGCAAGACCAUAAGCAGGAACAGCAACAGAGACAGUCUAGUCGUUUCCGAACGGACGCCAACUUAUUCCGACUUCGAAAACUCGGCUGUGUCGAAACCUCAAGACGUGAACUCGAAAGAUAAGUCUAGUCAGAGCAUGGAAAGCGGAAUCAGUUCGGAGGAUUUUCAGAGGUUUGAGACGUCCGUGAGGAGCCGGCCACAGGAUCUGUCGUCGCUGAUAGACGCCAGCUCCUUGCUGCUCAAGAGUGAGAGGAUGUCCAGUGAACUUGCAAUGGCUUCACUGCCCAUAGACUUCGAUCAGACUAGUCAGUCGGAAAGCCGAGAAAUCGCGAACGACCCGCAAUCUCAAACAUGUCCGCCUAUCAUUACGAAUUUAAGAGAAUCUCACAGCUUAGUUAAUUUUAGAGAACCAAAUUUUUUAAUCAAUUUCGAUGCUGACGAUGAGACCGAACAACCGCAUUCGAUUAUAAUAACCGAAACUACGAUGGAUGCAUUCAAAGAGAGUCCGAGCAGGUCAUACGACCCAACGGAUGUAAAAAUCUUAGAUGUAAACCAUUCCUACGAUCCUCACACCAGUAGAUUUCACGCGAACGACGACUUCGAGAAACUACUAGAACACAAGAUCAAUGGGGAAUUAAACGAAGAAGAAAAUGUUAUCAACUCUGAGCAUUUAUCGCCGAAAGUGGAAACCGUAUCGGAGAGAACUGAUACGGCAAACAGUAUAUUUCUAACUGAAAUACACAAAGCCAGUCCGAAUACUUCGAAGUCGAUCGACAAGGGUCGCAAAGUUAACGAAGUGUGCAACGGUGGUAGUGAGAAGUUUGCUACCGUGAACUUUCUCAACGAGACGUUUGAGGAACUGAUCGAGAGUAACGUAGACGACGAUACUAAAGACCUGAAGACUGAGGAACCGAGUGAAGGAAACUCUACAAACAGUCUAAAACCUACCGAAACUUCAAUAUCCGAUGAAUUAGAAGUUCUGGAAAGUCCUAAGGAAUCUAAAAGCAUUAGAGACGAAUUGCAAGAGAUUGGUGAACUAGCGAACGGGGUUUCCGAAGAGAACGAUAAGAUGACCGUGGUCACGGAAGAUUUUUUGCAGAAUGAGAAAAAAUUUUGCCAAAUAGAUUCGUAUUUUCCGUUGCUGAGUGAUAUUAGAUUCACUGGACCAGCAACAGAAAUAAUGAGCACAUCGUUCACACAAGACUCCCCUACGGAGCCCACAUCCCCAGAAAGCGCGGACAAGCGCGAUACCGCAGCAGAACUACUGAAGGAGUGGGACAGCGAUUCCGACUCGCACACCAGCAACUCAUCCAGCGGAGAGUUCAUUUGGAAGGACGGCGACGGCCACGAGACCUCAGUCGUACCAUCCACGCACUUCGACCACCAGCGAACAGGUGAAUCUCGCGACAACAGUGGGGGUGAACGUCACAGUUCCCCAACUGGUGGGUCGGCGGGAUCCGCGGGGUCGGGAGCUUCUGACGCCUCGGGGGACUCAGGGUCAGGGUCUGAAGGUGACGAGGUGGAGUUCGUGCCUUCUUCGUGGGACUGCCGAGCGGCGCCCGCCAAGUCCUCUCUCAGGAGUUUGGAGCAGGCCACACCCGACAACAAGAAGCGCGUGGUGUUCAAGCGACAGAAGUACCACUGCGUGUACGAGUACCCGCGCGAGGCGGCCGACAUCGACGCGCACUCGCCCGCCGCAUACCUGCCCGACCUCUCCACUUACUCAGAAUGGGACCCUACGAGUGCAGAGGAAGCUGAGCUCGGCUACGGACAGCUUUUCGGCGCUCCCAGCCCUCUCGACCUCUAUCCGCUCAGGGCUGGCAUUGCCUUCGGACCUGAUUACGACGAAGACUUCUUCAUCUCGUCAUCAGCUCGGCCGUUCGAGAGCCUGGGCAUCAUGUCGACCACCAGCCAGUUCUUCCCUGGCAAGCACGUGAAGCCCUCACUCCUCGAGCGUGACCUCUCGGAUGACCUCCCCGAUGACUUCCCACCUCCUCCUUCGCCCCUCCCCACUACCACUCUGAUGCAAACUCGAACACCCUCGCUAGACUUCACCACCCCAGACUCAGGAGUCGAAGACAUCACCCCAGGCUCCACAACCGAUGAAGACUUCAAAAAGAAGCUUCCAGAAACAGAACUGACGUGGAGACCAGUCGAUAGCGCCAGUUCUAGUGAGUCCGUCAGCCCGAGUUCCCCGGGGGGCGAAGCGCUAGGUGGCCUGCGACAUACGAGGGACAAGCUCAAGCUGGACCUGCCUCCAAGCCCACACAUACCGUCCCCGAGACACAACAGAGUAUUCAACUUCGUGCUCGACAAGCCUAAACGAAGGGAGGACAGACCAGCCGAAAUCGGCACAACACCUCUAGUGAUGACCGAUGACACGCCAAUCGUCACCACGUCACUACCACUACAAAAGGAUGCCGAAGACUUACCCGUUCCUGAACCAACGUUCUCGACAUUCGGCAAGAGCCCUCCCAAAGUGGAACCGGAGCAAAAGCUCAUACUUACCGACGAAGUUGAAGACAAUACAGAGGUCAAGGACGAGAGUCCCAAGGUCGUGGAAGCUGUGAAAGGCGAAGGUACAGUCCUGGACAGUGGUGAUGAAGACUCCGGUAUAGAGAGCAGCUCCAAGGCCACGCUGGAGAGAAACAAGACGAACGUCUCGUAAUUAGAACAAAGUAGCAGUAGUUUUGUAUAAAUAGUACUGAUUCAUAGAUCUGAACGUAACCGGAACUUUGUUGUACGAAUAAAGUUUAACGUUACGCUAAAGAGGACGUAUAUUAGUUUGGAUUACAACCGCUUUGGUAUCAGUUAGUGUCUCUAUUUUACCAGCGUGAACGGCAUGGUCAGCGUGAAUGUGUGUUAAUCCAAUGUUUUUUAAUUCUCGUUCCCUGAAUGUACGUUCUUUUAGUACUUAGGUUUCUUCUGGUUCUAAUUCAAACUAAUGAUUUCGUUUCUAGUGGUUUUGAUAACCACGUCAAUAUGUCGAACGAACGUAAUAAUCGACGAAUUAUGCCAUUAAUAAGUAAAAUAGUAUUACACUCAGCAAAAGUAUUAAGUGCUGGACAUAAACUUGAUAUACAUAUCGGAAUUAUGGACAUCGAUGUUUUAUAGCCAAUCAUUACUCUAACAUCGAGCUAGGAAGCUAAAAUGUGCGUUCAAAAUAUUUCAUCUUUUACCAUUUUAAUGUUGCCAGCGAUAGAAAAAGUUUCUAUCAUGGUAGCAAACAAAAUUUCGCUUCGCCUAUUUCGAAUAAAAAAUCUAAAAUACUCAAGCCUAAUUCUAAAUUAAAAUAAUAUCAAUAAACUACGUAAUAUUUAGAGUAAAUCAUGAGCACGUUUUGGUUUCCUAACUCGAUUCCAUAUAUAGUAUUCCGUGAAGUGUAAGGCUGUCUAUAGUCAAUGCAAGAGCGACUCGGAUCGCUCCGUGAUCAGAUACAAAGGUACAAAUUGCCAUCAAUAUAUCUAUAGGUGUAUCGCUUUCUUUAUCGUAAGUUAAGGGCUUUGAUACUUUUACACAACAGCCUAAUAUUAUGAGACCAGUCGUGUCCGGGACUUUUGAAAAUGUUUUUGUUAGAUCAAGUUUUUUUAUACAUUUAUGAUGCACGUAGAACUGCAUUGCAUGCAUUCAAAUUGCAGUAUGAGUUUACUAGUGUGGAGAUAUGAAUUGAAUUUUAAUUCGCGUGUAAAGUAUAUUCGGAUUUACUGUGCACGCCGCUGUAUGUACGCACGCGGCCAUGCAGACUUCUCUCUCGUAGAUAACUCAGUUUCAAGUACCGUAACAUAACUCUCUCUCUGUGAAUUACAUCCAUUAUACUAAUUAGUUAAUUUCCCAUUUUAUAUUCGUAAUAAAUGAAUUGUAGAAGGUCUGGCCUAUCCAAUGGAUUUACAAUGAAGGCAGCCAAUCGUCGUACUUGUUAGAAAUUUUCAUACGUAACGUUUUUUACUCUUAUUUCGUAUGUUGUAGUGAUAGAAUAUGCUCGCGCUGCGCCCGACCUGCCCGCCUACUAAAAUUAUAUGUUUUAUGUAUAGUAUUGUAUGAUUCCCACCAAAAUUACUUAUUAUGUUGCUACGUGAACAAAUGUGGCGUUGUGUGGCGUCUGGCGGGCAGCCGGGCGCGGCGCCGAUAUCUCAAUGUCUAAAUUACUUGUUAUUUGUGACGACCUAUACAUUACGCACAAGUGAGUACGCAUCUUCCAUCUUUUAAACCUCAAAGAAUAUCUAAAUUAAAGCGUUUCGGUCUACGAUUGAGGUUAAAAAGCCAAUUCUUAGUUAAGUAAAAGUUUAUAUUAGAUAAGUGUAGUGUUAGAUGUAACAAGUUGUGGUGAUAGAUCGACAUUGCGUAUUACGUGCACUCAGCAACAGCAUGUCUCGCUCAGUCGUUCAAUUCCCAGUUAUUAUUUAUUAUUAUUGAAGCGUAGAGCCGCGGCGACGACGGGACAUGCUGUUGCUGAGAGUACACGAGUGUGUGCCACUAUAUUAACGUCAUCACUAUAGUAUGCAAUACGUCCAAGUGUGAACCUAAUGUGCAAUUCUUCUCAUUUCCAUAUCAUCGCGUUUUAGUUGUUUAGUUACUGCUGUAAAUAUAAUUUAAUGUUAUUAUGUAUUGAAGAAAAUAAUCUUUUUGAAUAUGAAAAUUUAUUGAUUGUAUUAAUUGUACUACACGUUUAUUGUUCUGAACAUUAUUUUUUACAGUUUUAGAAUGUUUUCGUUAAUGUACAGAUGUAAAUAAGUGAUAGAUGUUCAUUUUGUUACGAUGCGUAGGGAAGGUAGCUGAUACGUGUGUUGUCGCGAGGCUCGCGGACCGCGUCUCGAGCUCGGCUGUGCAACCUAUACAUUUCUAUUCGUUUGUAGAAAACCUUACUCAGCAGAUUAGUUUACUUCAAGCUUAUGAUAUAAAAAAUAAGGAAUUUAUUUGAAUGAAUUGUCCAGUUUUAAUUAUGGUAUUUAUUGAUCGUAAGUUGUUAUUGAUUUGUAUGAGUUGUCGGCAGUAUUUAGUGAAUGUGAACGCAUUGGAAGUCUUUUCAUAUUGUGACUUUGUCGAGUCUUUUAAAAGUAUUUCUAUGAAAAAAAUAAUAAUUAAUAAAACUUGUGACUCAA